UGUUCGGUCAAGGCAGGAAGUUGACAUGUCACGAUUGCUGCAUUGUUUUUUACACCCUCGAUAAUAAGAUAUUUACUUUAUAAGUUUGCUGGUACUGCUGUAGAGCAGUAUGUUGCCGACAAGUUCCCCGCAGAUCCACCGUAACGGCAGUCUGAAUGCGCGGGAUGCAGCGCGACACACAGCCGGCGCCAAGCGUUACAAAUACCUACGGCGACUCUUGCAUUUCAGACAGAUGGAUUUUGAGUUCGCCAUUUGGCAGAUGCUGUACCUGUUCACAUCGCCGCAGAAAGUGUACCGCAACUUCCACUACCGCAAACAGACUAAGGACCAGUGGGCCCGAGACGACCCCGCGUUCCUGGUGCUGCUCAGCAUCUGGCUCUGUGUGUCGACGGUGGGCUUUGGUCUGGUUCUAGAUAUGGGUUUUGUGGAGACGUUGACGCUGUUGCUCUGGGUUGUUUUCAUCGACUGCAUUGGAGUCGGGUUGCUCAUAUCUACACUCAUGUGGUUUGUCACAAAUAAAUAUCUAAUGAAACAUCCUAACAGAGAUUAUGAUGUGGAGUGGGGCUACGCGUUCGACGUGCAUCUAAACGCUUUCUACCCUCUUCUGGUCAUUCUGCACUUUUUACAGCUAUUCUUCAUCAACCAUGUUGUGGUCAUAAGUUCUGACUGGUUUCUGGGUUAUUUUGUGGGAAACACCUUGUGGCUCAUUGCAAUUGGCUAUUACAUUUACAUCACAUUCCUGGGCUACAGUGCGCUUCCGUUUUUAAAGAACACAGUGGUGCUUCUGUAUCCCUUCGCUUUGCUCGGACUGCUGUAUGUUCUCUCCAUUUCAUUGGGCUGGAACUUCACUAAAGGCCUCUGCUGGUUCUAUAAGCACAGAGUCCAGUAGACGACAGCAAAAGCACACGAGGGACGCUGCAAACGUGCUCUUAAAGAUGGGAGGAAAGUGUGCAUCACUCUCGGGACUUUCUGACGUUUUGUAUAAUCUGUAAAUAUCAGUUUGGUUAUAGAGGAAAAGAGUUUCAGUUGUUUAUGGUGUCCUGGAGUUUUCUUUGAUACUCAAACCCUCGUUUAAUGUUGUGAUGUGGUUUUGGAAAUGAUAAUAAGAACAUGGGGAAAAGUGAGUAAUAUAUCUGCUAGGAUGCUGCACUUUUUACUUGUGAGAACAUGUACAAUAAAGAUAUUUUUAAAGAAA